AUGGCUCGUUUUUGUGGUGUCUGUAUGGGCGGAAUUUCGCUGCUCCUGAUGCUGGUGGUUGCUCCGGUUACCGUCUUUGGGUCAAACUACACAUUUUUCAUUACUGGGACUGGUAUCGCUGGUCUCACCAUUGCGGACCGACUUACAGAGGACCCAAGUGUCGAAUCUAUCGGUACCGUGUGCGUGAAGGUCGUUGGCGGCAGAAGCGCUAUCCACGCCAUAGUGUUUCUCAGGGGCGACGAAGGAGACUACGACGCAUGGAGCUCACCUGGUAACCUCGGGUGGCACUGUAAAGGUCUCCUUCCGUUCUUUCUCAAGAGCGAAAACUUCACUCGCCCAGAUCCGACUUUUGCAAGAGCUGGCAACAUCUCAUGGGAUGACUCGUUUCGUGGAAAUUCGGGACCGGUGCAAAACUCGUAUCCAAACUACUUCUUCCUAGGCAGCGCUAACCCGGCAUCAGUCGGCGCGAACCUCGAGCCCAACUCCGGGACCCUGCUCAGCAAUGCCACGUAUAACGCCGAGCAGCGGGCACUCUAUGACUCGGCUAGAAAGGGGCUAUAUACCAUAAUGAGCACGCUCAGCACAAACAUUGGAAGUCUCGCCCGCGUGCGGAACCCGGCCGACUCGCUCCCGGCCGACGUCGACCCGACCAUACUCGAGGGGUACAAGGCACAGCGCAGCUUCAUACUCCAGCACUUCGAAAACUCUACAGUCGGAGUGGGGCUAUCUACCGCCGAUUCGGCUGUGAUAUACCACGAAAAGCCGCUAAGCCGUAUAUUCUCGGCGCCUGCGAUGCGCACGCUGGACCCCGUCGAGGCCAGUCCCUUUGGGGCCCAGCUGAUGACGGACGACGAGAUUGCUGCGUGCCGUACUGCCGCCAUGAUGCCCAGGGAGCUGGGUGGUGUCGUCUUGAGCGAGCAGAAGGUAUAUGGCGUCGCAGGGCUCCGAGUUGCCGAUAUAGGCUUCUGGCCCAUGCAGAUUGCAGCGGCCCCGAUAGCGACCAUGUAUGCCUCAGCAGAGAAGCUCGCCGAUGCCAUCAAGAAGGAAUACCACCUAGCGGAAUAUCAGAAGCUGUAG